AUGCACUCCAAUGACGGUAGCGAGUCUUGCACCGAUGUGUUGAUUGUCGGUGCUGGCCCGGCUGGGUUGGCAGCCGCCUACUGGAUGGCGCAGUACGGCAUCGACGCCCGCAUCAUCGACAAGCGCGGCACCAAGGUCUUUACCGGCCAGGCCGACGGUCUACGGGCGCGCACACAGGAACUGUUCGACAGCAUGGGCAUCCAGGACCGGGUAUCUCGGGAGUGCAAAAACGCUACCGAGUUCCACCACUGGAACCCCGAUGGAAAAGGGGGACUCCAAAGAUCGGCAGGUACCAAGUUUUCCAAGGAGUCGUAUUUCAAGUCCCGAUUCUUCAUCAGCGGCUUGAAUCAGGGGCGAAUCGAGCGCUUCAUGCUGGACGCCAUCAAGGAGGCGAAACCAGAUCUCGAGGUCGAACGCGGCAUCAUCGCCGAGACGCUCGAAUGCGACGAGCAGCUUGCGGCGGAUCCAGAGUCCUAUCCCAUAACGGUCAAGUUAAGGGCGCUGAGCGAAGAGGAAGCCAAUCCUUCACCGGCAUACGGAUCUUCCGGGGUGCGCGACGGCCUGUUCCGCAGUAAUUUGUCUCCAGAUGACUGGGAGGACCUGGUCAACAAGAGCAAGGCUAGAGCGGGAGCAACCGAAGUGGUCAAGGCCAAGUACGUAAUCGGCUGCGACGGAGCGCACAGCUGGACGAGGAAGCAGCUGGGCAUCAAGAUGGAAGGAGCCGCUACCGAUUCCAUCUGGGGUGUCAUGGAUAUCGUACCCAUCUCGAACUUCCCUGAUAUGCGUCACUCCUGCACCAUCAAGAACGACGCGGGCACCAUCCUGCUGAUCAGCAGAGAGCGAGGCCUCAUGCGCCUCUACAUCUCUCUGGCUUCAGCCGACGACCCAUCCAAGCCCGUCGACCGGUCCACCAUCAGCCUCGACAUGCUCAAAACCACCGCCCAACAAAUCCUCCACCCUUACGAGUUCGACUUCAAGAUCUGCGACUGGUGGUCCGCCUACCAAGUCGGCCAACGCGUCGCCUCAGCCCUGUCCGACCCGGCCGACCGCAUCUUCAUCGCAGGGGACGCUUGCCACACGCACUCGCCCAAGGUCGGCGCCGGCAUGAACAUCAGCAUCCAAGACGGCUUCAACCUCGGCUGGAAAGUGGCGUCGGUCGCCGCCGGCCUCUCGCCCGCCACGCUCCUCCCCACGUACGCGCUGGAGCGGCACCCCGUCGCCCGCCGCCUCGUCGAGUACGACCGGCACUGGUCGCGCCUCUUCCUCCCGGCGGCGGAAAGGCGGCAGCAGCAGCAGCAGCAGCAGCAGCAGCAGCAGCAGCAGACGGCGGCGGCGGCGGUGGCGAGUACAGCAGUGGCAGUACUGGGGAAAACGGAGACGGAGACGGAGACGGAGACGGAGCCCGAAAAAACAAAAGCGGACGACUUCGCCAGCAUCAGCGCGCGCUUCGAGGACUUCGCCCAAGGCUUCGCGCUCGACUACCCGGCCAGCGUCGUCGUCGACAAGAGCAGCAGCAGCAGCGCAAGUACAUCCGCGCGUCACCGCCACCGCCACUGCCGCCUGAUCCCCGGCGAGCGCUUCUGGCCCGCAAAACUGACCAACCAAGCCGACGGGCGGGGCGUGUGGUCGACGGCGGCGAUGCGCAGCGACGGGCGGUGGCGGGUGGUCGUGCUGGCUGGGGACGUCGGCGUCGGCGUCGGCGUCGGGCGGCCGCGGCAGAAUACCACCACCAUGGCGCGGGUGGCGGCGCUGUGCGGGGAGCUGGAGCGGCGGGUGGUGCCGCGGUUCGGCGGGCGGAAGGUGGUGGACGUGAUGGCGGUGCAUUGCGGGGAUCGGGGCGGGCUGAGCGUUUUCGACUUCCCGCGGUUGCUGAGGCCGGUGGAUGGGGAGAGGGGCGUGGAUUACGAUUGCGUUUGGGUGGAUGAGAGGGUCGAGGUCGAUGCGUUGGAUCGCCAUGGCGAGGCGUAUGCGGCGUGGGGCGUGGACAGGGAGGCGGGGGCGGUGUUGGUGAUGAGGCCGGAUCAGUGUAUUGGGUGGUUUGGGGAGAUGGAGGAUGUUGCGGGGAUGGAGAGGUAUUUCGAGGGCGUGUUGAAGCCCGUGUUGUAG